AUGAGCGACGGCCCGGACCAACUCUUUGACUUCUUGGAGACCACCCACUCCGAGACUCCUGUUCUCGAAACCCCUUGCCGCAAGCUCCUCAACAGCUUCGAUGCUACGGAAACGCCAGCUUUCCUGAAGGCUUCGCCGGUGUCUACGAAUGCUUCCGCUUCAAGUUCCCCUCCGAACAAGGACAGCCCGGACUCCAGCAAGACUUCGUCGACGACCCCGCCUCCUUCGCUUCCCUCGAGGGCACCCGAGCCUGGCAAGAAGUUUGGAUUUGGCAAUGCUUUCAAGGCUUUGCAGUUUCGCUCAAAGUCUACCGACUCCAACUUGGGUGACAAGACCUCACCAACCAAGAGCGACAUGAGCUUACUCCAGAGUGAGAUCGAGAAGGCCAGAGAGGCUGUGAAGAAUGAGAAGAAGAAUGAGAAGGGAGGAGCUGCCGAUCCGAGCAAGGCGAGCAAAGGCAAGCCUGGCCCCGUUGGCAAGGCGGAGAAGGUGGCCUUGCUGAGGCAGGCCAGCUCCAACGUGCUGGGUUUGGCAGCUGCUGUCAGCAGCUUGAAGCUCAGUCCUGCGGACAAAGCCAAAGCCAAGCCAAAGGCUCGCGGCAGGAAGGCGGCGGUUGCCGAGGAAGCGGAGAAGUCGGACGUGGGUUCUGCUGAUGAAGACGAGGCGGCUGAUGAGAUUCAGAGCCCCGUGAGCUACGAGCAGGUGGACAGCGAUGAAGAGAUCAACAAGACGAGACGCGUCGCCGAGGAGAAGGGCAUCAAGGAGCCACGCAAAAAGAAGCAGCCGAAGGCGAACAUGGCCAAGGGCAAAGCUAAGGCGAAGAGUGAGCCGAAGCCAUCCCGCAAGGGUGCAUCGAACGAGCCCAAGGAUAAGAAGGGCGGUGCCGGCAAGAAGCAGAAGGUCGACCCGGUGCAGACGGCCGAGCAAAAGAAGCGCCCGUGCAUGGAAAGCUUCCUUGCCAAGGAGUGGAUCCGGUUCAAGGACGAGAAGCUCAAGGAGCUCAAGGGCACCAAGCCCUACCAGGUCCUUUUGAAGGAGAUUUCUGCUUUGUGGAAGACCCAGCCCGCGCGCAAGCAAGCCGCAGCUGGCCUCAGCCAGACCGAGCUGAAACGAGUCCUGAAGGAUCCGCAAGCGAUCCCAUGUCGGUGGGACAGCGACCAGUGCGUCGUCGUGCUUGAAGUGACAGAGGACGGAUCGCGUCGCUUGAAGGAUACGAAGCCCUGCACCAUCCGAGCCCUUCUCACCGAGUUUGAGGCAAAUGGAAUGGUAGAGACGACUUUGAACGGGCACGAGUAUGUGCGCCCCGAAGGCAAUGCCGGCGAUGUUGAUUUCUUCGAGGUCACCCCGGAGGAGCAAAACCCUUUGGUCUUCAAGUUUUCUGCGAUUCCCAAAGCGGCCGUGGAGCAGGGCAAUGUGAAGUACACCAGUUUGGCCAGCUUGUUCAACAAUCGUGAACUCAUGGAUUCCAAAAUGCUUCAGCUUUGCUGGAGGGUGUCCUACUCACAGGAUGAUCAGGACUGA